GACGUGGUAGCGGUCAUCGACCGGCGUCGCCAGGACUGCCUUCUGUGGGUGCGCAAGAUCCGCGAGGAGAAGAAGAACAUCCUGAAGGAGCAGCUGGACCUUAUACAGGCCGAGAAGGACAAGGUGCAGGUGGAGUGUGACGGCCUGCAGUACCAGGUGGAGGUCCGGAACAUCACCAAAAAGAUCAGUGACCUGAACGAGAAGCUGGACACGACCAGCACGCUGUCGGAGCCGCGCGAGAACUCGUUCCUGCACUACGAGUACAAGCACAACGACGCGCUGCGGGAGGUGGCCAAGGCCAUCAGCAACUUCGGCAACAUCCGCGUGAGCACCACCUUCCCGGCGCUCACCACGGCCGAGGCCAAGCGAGCCACCGCCCACCUACGCUGCUCCGUGCGGAUUAUCACCACGGAUUAUCACGGCAAUCUCCGGACGAACGGAGGGGACCCCGUGUUUGUGGAUAUCCGGAACGAGAAAGGGGAUCUGGUGGACUCGAAGGUCAAAGACAAUGAUGACGGGACCUACGACGUGUUGUAUCUGCCGUCGAAGCCCGGGAAGUUGAAGAUGACGGCCAAUAUAUUCGGGCGUCCGAUUAAGAACAGUCCGCUGAGUAUAGAGGUGUCGGAGCAUAUAGACCCCGUGUGGCGGUUCGGGUCGAGGGGUACGGGUCAGGAACAGUUGAACCAGCCGGUGCGCAUCGCCGCGGGGGCAGAGGGGGACGUUGUCUACGUGCUGGAUACGGGUAACAGCCGGAUUGUGGUGCUGGGGCGAGACGGGAGCGUGCUGCGUCACUUGGGGCCGGCCGGCGUGGAACAGCAGAGCGCCACGGGCCUGUCCGUCAUGUCCAGCGGCCAGCUGGUGGUGAUCAACUGGCGCUCCAAGAUGGUGAGCGUGCUGAGCCCGGAGGACGGGAGUCUAGUCAGAUCCUUCACCACGCCCGGCUUCGUGGAGCCCAUCGACGUGGCCGUCAACUCCCGCGGCGAGGUCGUGGUCGCCGACAGCGGCGCCAAGAAGAUCUUCAAGUUCGACACUUCGGGCAAUCUGGUCACCACCUUCGGCAGCCACGGGGACAAGGACGGCCAGUUCAAGGUCAUUUCGGGCCUGUGCGUGGGCAAGAACGACGAGAUCCUGGUGGCCGACCACCGGAUCCAGAUCUUCACCAAGGACGGGAAGUACUCGCGGAAGCUGGUGGACCCCGGCUCCGGAUCGUACGGGGGGAUCGCUGUGGACAGCGCGGGGAACGUUCUCGCCACCAAGACGGAGAAAUCCUCCAAGUCGGAUAGAAACUCAGGGGCUGGUCCCUCCUCCUCCUCCUCUUCAUCUUCUUCUUCUGCAAAGGAGAAAGGGAGUGGAGGAGGGGGCGGGUCUAGCGGGGGUGGGCGGAGUUUCGUGCACGUGUUUCAUUCCAACGGCAAGCUGCUGUACUCGAUCGACAGCCACAGCGACCGGCUGAGGAGGCCCAGCGGCCUGGCCGUGCUGACAGACUACAGGAUCGUGGUGGCCGACCUGGGCAACAACUGUGUCAAGAAGUUCUAUUACAAGUAGUACAGGUGACUAGAGUUUGUUUGUUUG